GCUGCACAUUGGAACGUCGGCGGACGGUCCGGGCUCUCUUUGCUACUUUGUAGCCAGUGCGCCCGGGCCCGGACGUUCUAGAACGUCGCGCGGCGGCGACUGGGGCGCGCAGCCAGAGCCCGGCCCGGGCUUCUAAGGAGCAUGGAGAUGGCGGCGGCGGUGGCGGCUGCGAAGAUACCUGAAGAGGUGGCUGACAUUUUCAACGCCCCCAGCGAUGAGGAAGACUUUUUUGGGUUCGGAGAUGAUGUUCCCAUGGAAACACUGUACCUGGAAGAGAGUUUUGAGUCUCCAGAGCCAGGAAAAAAGGACGUGCAUUUCCAUUCCAAGUACAUCACUGAUGAGCUUCGAAGGAUUUUCACAGAGGACACUGACUCAGAGACUGAAGAUUUUGAAGGAUUUACCCCAAACGAGCUGAACAGUCAUCCAGAGCUCAUGCUCACUGAGUCAGAAAUGAGUGAUGAAGAUGCUGGAGACAAGCCUGUGUGCAGUGAAGAAGAGGAAGAGGAGGAAGAAACCAGAACAAAGACGACCCCCAGAAGAAGCAGCUUUGGUCUUCGUGUCGCCUUCCAGUUCCCCACAAAGAAUAAAGCAGAUGUAAAAACCAGGUUUUCAGAGCCAUCCUUUUCCAGCUUACAUUUUGACGAGAAUGAAAACCCGAGAGCCUUGAGAAGAAAGAAAAAUGAUGGGCCAGGGAAGAGGGCCAUGGAAGCAUCCACGUCCGAGUCUGAGGACGAUGACUCGAGGGACCUGGGCCAAACCAACUCGGACGCUCUGCUCAAAAGGGCCAUGAACAUCAAGGAGAACAAAGCCAUGCUUGCUCAGUUGCUGGCAGAAUUGCAUUCUCUCCCAGACUUGUUCCCAGUACAGACACCGAGCCCAACUUAUAAGAAGAAACCGGUGAGGCGGGCUUUUUCGGAGGGACAGAUAAUUCGCCGCACUAACCCCACCCGGAGCGCCCGGCCUCCAGAGAAGUUUGCUGUGGAAAACUUUACGGUGUCCACUAGCUUCGAAGAAGACCUGUGUACUUUCAGGAGGCAGAAGAAAAUGAGUGGGGGUAAAUGUAGAGUAUACAGAAAACGGCGUCUGUCUUCUUUCCGGAGUGUGGAUGAAAUCACCGAAGAUGACUUAGAAAAUAUCGCCAUAACGGUUAGAGAUAAAAUCUAUGAUAAAGUUCUGGGUAAUACGUGCCAUCAAUGCCGACAGAAGACUAUUGAUACUAAGACUGUGUGUCGGAACCUGGACUGUGGGGGAGUGAGAGGGCAGUUCUGUGGCCCGUGCCUCCGUAAUCGUUAUGGGGAAGAUGUAAGAUCAGCUCUCUUGGACCCGGACUGGGUGUGCCCUCCGUGCCGUGGGAUUUGCAAUUGCAGCUAUUGUCGGAGGCGUGAUGGUCGCUGUGCUACUGGGAUACUCAUCCACCUGGCCAAAUUUUAUGGCUACAACAAUGUGAAAGAAUACCUGGAAAGCUUACAGAAACAACUGGUUGAAGACCAUUAAGAUGCAGGAGGAAGCAGCCAGCCACCUGAACAGGUGGGGGACUUGUUGGGACAAUCCCCUGUCCCUGCUUGGGGCUCCAGCUUUGACACAUGAUUGCGAUGGUUUUAUUUGUACAGGAAGCAGCUGUGGGGGAAACUCGGCCCUUUCACAUCUUCCUCUGUGUGAUUUUGUGACGGUUUCUUCCAUGUUCGUAAAAAAGUUUCUCAGGAAAACAGUCGUCCUCAUGAAGGGCUCGGUAUUGUAUACAACCUCCACUAGGCUUCCAAGUACCUGAUGGUUCUUUUUUUUUUAUUUUAGAAAAAAAUGUUUCUAUUUGAAAAGCACAAUGAGAAUAAUGAGGUUGUGAUCUUGGUUUACAAGGAGAAAACUUGAUGAGCCACCCCCAGCUUAGGGGGGUAUGCAUGCUCAGGUAUAUGUUGUGCCCUAAAUCACCCCCCCCAGGGAAAAAACUACCACCCUAGGCCUGAGGUGAGCCAAGCAUAGUUUCCCCACAGACUCAGAGCUCCUGGGCCUCGGUCUAAGACACAUUCGAGAUUUAGAAUCUGGGCUUUUUUUCUUUGCCCUUUAUUACAAAGUGCAAUUACUUGUAAGAACUUGAAAGUGUAGAGUUUUAUUUGCAUCGAAGCUUGAGUCCUAGUUUACCUGUAGAAAAACGUGCCUGGCCAAUCCCUUGUUCUAUUAGGGAGGGAACAUUAUUUCAGGCGCCCCACCCCCACCCCACAUGAAAACUUUGAUUUGAUGCUCAGUCUCUGUAAGAGCAGCAGUCCCACUUGGUGAAUGAGACACCUUCUACCUUGUUUUUCAGAUCUCGCCAUUGGUCAAACCCGUAAGGGAGGCCGUCUUUAAGUUUUGUCUCUGAGGCCAUAGUGGGGAGAGUGUGACCUUUGGUUUAGGGGUUUACACGUGUGUUUGCUUGUAUGUCUCUUCCUCCCUUUUCCUUUUCUUGGGCUUUGGGCAAAUAUUACCUUCUUGGUGGUUUCUGGGUAAGCUAUAAAAGUGAAUAAGCUUCGGUAUCUUUGGGUGAAUCGGCUUCCUGAAAAGCUGGACUAUGCAAGGCCAAUAUGCUGAGGACAAGGCCCCAAGUCGACUGUCCGUGAGUCCCCCCCCCCUUUUACACGGACAAGAGCAGGGCCACCCCAGCCAGCACCCACUUGGCUGUUUUCUCUUUGCUCUUUAGCCUGAAGGUCCACACGUAGGUGGGGCCCCUGCUUUGGGUUCUGUACACGGGACACUCGUAGGUCUGCUUUGUUUCCUGUCUGUCUGUUGGGCUGGCUUUGACGAAGAUGACUGGCAUCAGAGAGGUCAGCUCCUUGAGGCGGGCUUCCACGAUGCUCCCAGCCUGGAUGUCCCAGCGAGCCCCUAGGACAGAACACACGAAUCACUGCUGUAGGGAAUGCUUGCUGGGCUCACUGGGUACUUUAUCCAGCCACACUUUCAUGCAAUAAAAGGUAGUUAUAAUUA